AUGGCGGCGCCAAGCGCUGUGUUGCGGCCGGCCCUCCCGCCGAGGGGAUUAAUGGCCGCUGACAGGGGCCGCAGGGUGCUGGGCCUGUGUGGCAUGCAUCCUGACCACCAGGAAGUGCUGAAGCGGAACCGGGUGCUGCUGGCCAAGCAGUUGGUGCUGAGCGAGCUGCUGGAGCACCUGCUGGAGCAGGACAUCAUCACGCUGGAGAUGCGUGAGCUGGUCCAGGCCCGUGUGGGCAGCUUCGGCCAGAACGUGGAGCUCCUCAGCCUGCUGCCCAAGCGGGGUCCCCGGGCCUUCGAGGCCUUCUGCGCAGCCCUGCGGGAGACCAAGCAGGCUCACCUGGAGGAGCUGCUGCUGGCCGCCCUCGCUGCCCUCCAGCAUGAGCCCCCACCACCACCGCUGAGCUGUGACUACGACUUGGGUCUUCCGCUGCCCGUGUGUGAAUCCUGCCCCCCACUCAAGCAGCCCCGCAUGACUGCAGAGCCCCUGGAGCCCUCCAUUGACAGUGGGGAUGGCCCGCCCAUCCUGCAAGUCAAGCCCUGCUCUCCUGCCUUCUACCAGACACACUGCCAAGCGGCUUACCGCAUGCAGGCGCGCACUCGUGGUCUGGCACUGGUGCUGAGCAACGUGCACUUCACGGGAGAGAAGGACCUAGAGUUCCGGUCAGGGGGCGAUGUGGACCAGGCCACGCUGGCCAGCCUCUUCAAGCUGCUGGGCUACUCCGUCCACGUCCUCCAGAAUCAGACAGCUCAGGAGAUGGAGAAGCAGCUGCAGGACUUCGCCCAGCGGCCGGAGCACCGCCUCACCGAUUCCUGUGUGGUGGCACUGCUGUCCCACGGGGUGGAGGGUGCCAUCUAUGGGGUGGACGGCAAACUGCUUGAGCUGCAAGAGGUCUUCCGGCUCUUCGACAACGCCAGCUGCCCGAGCCUGCAGAACAAGCCCAAGAUGUUCUUCGUGCAGGCCUGCCGUGGAGAUGAGACGGACCUCGGGGUUGACCAGCAGGAUGGGAAGAACCAGGCACAGUCCCCUGGGUGCGAGGAGAGCGACGCAGGUGCUGCAGGGCUGCUGAAGACACGACUGCCCACGCGCUCUGACAUGAUCUGCGGCUAUGCGUGCCUGCAAGGCACAGCCGCCAUGCGCAACACCAAGCGGGGUUCCUGGUACAUUGAGGCGCUGGCCCGCGUCUUCUCCCAGCACGCCUGCGACAUGCAUGUGGCCGACAUGCUGGUGGAGGUGAACGCCCUCAUCAAGGAGAGGGAAGGCUAUGCCCCAGGGACCGAGUUCCACCGCUGCAAGGAGAUGUCCGAGUACUGCAGCACACUCUGCCGCCACCUCUACUUGUUCCCAGGGCACCAGGCCACGUGACCCACAUCUCCUCACAGCCCCCCCACAUGGCCCUGCGGGGUUGUGUGUCGGGAUCCCCUGGGAGGGAGGAGUGUAGCCAUCUACUUGGGGCCACCGCUGUUUGCCUUCAGGCCUGCAAGCUACUGAGCCCUGCAUCUGGACACUGCGUGGGGGCCACUUCCCAUUCCCUGGACCUUGGGGGAUGGAGGGGUGAGAGUAAGGCUGUGCAGCAAGUGGAGUACUCCUGCCUCUAACCUGCCCAGGCCUGGCCCACCCCAACCCAGACCCGGUGUUCACCCUACUCUUCUCUGAUACACCCUGAGUACACCCCAGCACCCUAUAGCCUACCCCUCUGUGGCCUCCUGGGUCCCUGGCUGUCAAGGGCGAGCACAAGCCUGACAUGGCCUGUGCUCCUUCUCUGCCCCGGCCCUCCCGGCCCAUCCUGUUCUCUCCACACUGCCACAGAGCCACCCAGGGUGAGUGGGCUGCUCCUCAGGACUACCUGGCUUAUCACAAAGGCCUUUCCUCGAGUCCCACUGAGUAGCUUUGGACAGCACAGGGCUGGCUGUGCUCCUUCCUCCCAGACACGCUCACAUGUUUGCGCACGUGCUCACACACGUGCACACACCUGCUGCCCUAGGUGUUAGCUUCUGCUUUCCUUCCAUCAACAGCUGUAGCUUCAUCUUCUGCACUUGGCACGCUCUCACUUCUACCCUCUCCCCUGGGGCACAGCCCAGCCCCUUGUUUGACUGCAGGCCCCUGGAGAAUGGGCUGGGAGAGCCAGGCGCCCUCCCUGAGCAGGGCUGCCCAAGCCUCCGCAGGCUCACUGGCCCUUCCUGCCCUACAUGGUCACAGCCAGCAGUUUAUGGUUGCAGGCUGGCCUGUGACUUAGUCCCCUCCCCGCUAGGUUGUAGGCUCCAGGGCACAGUGAGCGCCCGGCCAGCUGGUAGGUGCCCUUGUACUCGCUGUAGCCUUUGAACUCUUUCUACGUAUUUGUCACAGGUCAGCGAGCCGCAUGGGCUCAUGGCGUGGGCUUCUCGUGUGGGCAGCCUGUUGCCUCCCGAAGGGCCAGGCUUCCCUCGAAAGGAUUGGUGCUUCCUGUCCCACCUGCCCCACCAGGCCACCCACUGCCAGGGCCCUGCGUGACCCUCAGGUGCCAAAUAAAAGCUGUCUUUGUUAA